AUGCAGCUGCAAGUCUCUCUGUCCGACUGGGCGCCGCACUCGACGCUAGGCUACAUCUUGUACGGCAGCCUGGCGCUCUGGCUGCUAGUCGUGGGACUCGUGGCAUGGCAGUUGCUGCACUACCGCACGCUGCUGAAGGAGGUGCUGGGCCCGCCUCGCUCAGGAGGCUUCUUCAUGGGUCACUGGCAGCAGUUCCUGGACAACGACCUGCAAGAUGUCUGUGUGAAGCUGACGAGGCUGUAUGGAGGCGUCGUGAAGCUGUAUGCCUUCUUUGGCGAGCCACGCCUCGUCAUCACAGACCCAGUGGCGCUGCAGCACAUCUUCGUGACACGCUGCUACGACUAUCCGAAGCAGCGCGAUGUCAUUCGGGUCAUCACGGGACUCAUGGGUCCCGGUCUGCUCGUCAUCGAGGGUCACGACCACAAGCGUCAGAAGCGAGCUCUCCAGCCCGGCUUCUCGCCACGAGCGAUCAAGUCCCUCGAGCCUGUCUUCCAGUAUCACGCUCGUCAUCUUCGCCACUGCUUGCUCAAUUCGAUCGACUCUGCGCCUCCUGCGUACGAGGGUACCGCAGAGGGCGAAAAGGCACGCAACGCUUUGCUCGUUGAUGUGCUGCGGCCCGUGUCUCGCUCGUCGCUCGACAUGCUCGGCGACGCUGGCUUUGGCUACUCGUUCGGUGCAUUGGACGAGCCGGACCUGAUCCAGCCCAUCGAUGUCUCCUCGGACGACACGCUGCCACUCUCUCGCAAUCCGCUCUCGAGGGCGUUCGACGAGGUCGUCAAGAUCUCGUCGACCGGCUCGCACACCAAGAUCAUCCUCGACAUUCUCGUCAUGUUCUUCCCCGUUCUUCUCAAGGUGCCGUUCCUGACGACCGAGUCUCGAGCCUUCCGCACGGCGCGGGCAGUGCUGCAGGAGAAGGCAGGAGAGGUGGUGGAGCGCGCGCGAGCGGAUGUUGCGGUGGGAGAGACGCUCUCGGGACAGCGCACCGACUUGCUCGCUAGCCUGAUGCGAGCCAAUGCCGUCGCAAAGGAGCGCGAGGAAGCGGACGGACGAUUCUUGAGCAAGAUGGCGGCGGACAAUGCUACGAUGGACAAGGCGAGCUUGAGCGAUGAGGAGCUCGUGGCGCAGAUCUCGACGCUCAUGUUUGCCGGCUUCGAGACGACGUCGACGCAGCUCAGCUGGACGCUUCUCCUCCUCUCACAGCACCCGCACGUACAGCGUAAGCUCCGCGCCGCUAUUCGAGCCAAGCGAGUGGAGCUCGGUCUCUCCCUUGAGUCGAGCAGCUGGCGAGCUGCCGAGCGACACGAUGGCCUCGCGCAGGAAGACGAAGGAAGAGAGCUGACGAGUGAGGAGCUUGAGAGCAUCGAGUAUCUGGACUGGACCUUCAGGGAGACGCUGAGACUCAAGGGAGCUAUCCACACGAGCUCGCGAGUAGCAACCAUGACGGAUCGCAUCCCCGUCUCGAAAGAGCACUCGCCGAACGUGCGGGGCGGCAGCUUCGUCAUUCAGCCGGGCACGCUCAUCAUGAUUCCGAUCGAAGCCAUCGGGCGCGACCCGAAGAGCUUCGGAGAGGACGCCGACUCGUUCCGACCUGAGCGGUGGGGAGAGGAGACGGCGGGCACCCAGCGCUUCAAGGUCGCUGGUGGGCCGGCCUUUCUGUUUGGGCCGCGCGGCUGCAUCGGCCAGCGCUUCGCCAUCGCAGAGAUGAAGGCGAUCCUAGCCGUCCUGCUCGGCUCGCUGCAGUUCGAAGCUACGGCUCGCCGCAUCGUGCCGAAUCGAUGGCUCGUUUCGAGACCGUGGGAUACGACGGCUGGGCGGGAACAGUGCCCGCUUUGGCUCUCGAGGGCGCCGCUCGACGCGCAGGAGGAAGAGGACGCGCAGACACCGACGGCGACACCGGCAACAACAGCGGCAGCCUCGUAG